AACGGAAAACACGAUCGUUUGCUUCCGUUCUCCGAAGUAUUUUUCAAAUCCGCUCUGGGACGGCAUUUUAUUGACAUCACUGUAUUUCAGAGAAGACUAGAGCCGAAUGCGAAUGCCCAUCAACCACCUCCGAUUUCAUUGCAUGGCAUCAAAUUCACCAUGUCUACCAACGAAGAUUCUCCGAGCGCGAAACGGCGCAAAGCGCUGAAGGAUGCCGAUUCCGCCAACCAGCUGCGAGUCCUAGAAUCAUGUCCCCUGUCCAAAUACGCCGAUAUCGCCGAGCGACUCUUGGGACACUUCCAGAAUGCGGUGGACGGGAGGAGGCUGGACGAGGCCUACGUCUUUGGUUUGCGGUUUGCCAAUCUUUGCAUUUCUGGUUUGCCACAGCAUCCGGAAUGGAGACGCGAAAUCGGCAGCAAAACAAGGAAACGCUUGACCUCCCAGGUCGGUGACGUUUUGAGCAUGAUGGACGUUAUCAAGCAACGAAUGGAUGCGGAAGAGCUCAUGAAGAUCAAGGCAGAGAUGAUGGCGAGAAAGGCAGAAGAAUUACGGAAGAAGGAAGAGGAGGACCGCCGGAAUCACGAGUUUGAAGAAGCACAGCGCCGAAAGCAGCAAAAACGCGACGCUCUGGAAAAAGAACGGGCGGAAUUUCUUGCCGAGCAACGAGCUCAGAGACAGAAACAAAUCGAAGAACGAAAAGAAAUAGAGAAGAGAAAUGCCGCAAUCAACAAAAAGAAGGAGAUCGAGCAGAGCGCAAUGGCAAAACUCAAGGCAAUGCAGGCCCGGGUGCCAUUGGCGGAGACGAAAGAGGAACAAUCAGUCGCAGUGAGCGAAACUAAUGUGGAAAAGCCUUCAAAUACCAAAGCCAAACCAAAUAGACUGAAAAACUGGUUUGGUGGUGGAAAGGACAAAUCAAGCAAAAAGAAAAAUGAAGAGAAAUCCAAAUUGUCGGCCCCAUCCGGCGCCAAAGAUAGCGAUGAGAUGGUUUCAACGAAACCAACAGUGACCGACAGAAAUGUGGCCACGGCCGAGGACCGAUCUGCUGUCACCACGCAGGAAUAUCCUCCUACCGAAGCUAUCCAACUGCAACAACCUGAACAAGAAACAUCUUCGAGUUCGACAGCACACGUGACCGGUAGGAAGAAGGGAGCGAAACCAGUUGAGUCUGUAACAGGCGGUCCAACAAUAUCUAGAAGAUCAAACAAGAGCCAAUCAGUGGAUUCUUCCACCAUAUUGAAUCCCUUGCGUUCAAUGAGCAAAAUAAAACCGAGGAAAAAUACGGAUUCCAAAAAUACGAAGAACAAAAAUGACAAUGAACAGGAAGAGUCAUCGGCUAACUCCAAUGAAGUGUGUAGCAAAAAGCAUGUACAUCAUUCAAGUGAAGAAAAACCGAUCGGAUCGACUUUGCCCUCCUCGUCGUCACCAGAAUGUAAUGAAGGAGUAACGACCACAAGUGAUGUUAGUAGCACAGCUGUUACUAUGAUCCCUUCACACCUAACACCUCUGAGUCGAAAGGAACAGGCAACCAUUCACAAACUCCAACGAGCCAUCACCGUUCAGGAAGACAGAUUGGAGGAAAUUGAAGGGAAACAAAUUCCACAGCUUCUCGAAAGAGCCAAGGUAUUGCUUAAGGAAAAGAACAAACAGGAAGCAUUGAAAUGCCUGGUUCACAAAAAGAGACUGGAGCGCCAAGUGGAUGCAAUCAAAGCCGCAGUCUUCAACAUGGAAACCCAAAUGUUUAUGCUAGAAUCGGCAUUUGAAGAUCGUCACGUAAAGAAGGCGCUCGACGAAGCAGCUAGUGCCAUUGCUGGAUACCAACAAAUCAUUGGCGAUCCAAAGGCAGCCAUGGUAGAUCUGACCAACAUGAGCGAGUCGCUGCCAGAGCUCGACGUUGGAGAAUCUACCGACGAGGAGCUGAUGGAGGAGCUGACGGAAUGGCUUACGCCCGAGGAGAAAAAGAGAGCAAAGGCCAAUGAGAAUACUUAUGCUGACAAAGAGGACCUUUUGCUGUUGUCCAUGCCAGAGUUUCUACCGGCAGCACCAGCUGAUGCGCCGGAGCCUCUGUCGGCUGGUCGAGCCCCCAAUGCCGUGGUAGAAACUAACAACUGAUCCUAAGGACUAGAAUAGUAGAUUUCCUCUAUCUUGAGAGCGAUUGUAACAACGGCGCAGCAGAGAAGGAUAUACGAUAUGCAUUGUAAUUUUGUUUAUCUCGUUGGACGCUGUCUUCUGAUCAGCGACGACACGCAUAUCCGUAUGACCAAUGGGAUGACGAACUUUGGACUCUGCACUUGAAACGAUAUUUAGCAACAGAAACGGAUGUUUUGAAUUGACAAUUUUGCCUUUCAAGGCAUGGGCAAUCCUGGAAGUUGCCCUACUCUACCAUGCUUUUGAUAUCCCUUAUACUACUACUCUUACUAACAAGUUCAGAAAAUCCCAAAAGCAAGUCAUCAGCUCCUCCUACUAUUUUGCAAGUUUUAUUAUUCUUGUUCUUCGUCACUUCGUCUUCACUAGAAUGUAUCUUCCCCAUCUUGGGUCAAUUACCUUGGUUGGUUUGUCCAAAACGGUGCCUAUCAGUUUCGCUCCCAUUCCGGUGUCCUACCGUACCAUGCUACUGAUCUUAUUAAUUCGAAACAUCUACCGUAGUACGAAUACUCCACUAUUAGUACUAGUAGUACUAGUUCAAUUUGCUUGGGACACGUAUGGUAAGGAUUUGUCAUCGGUACGUACCAUAGUAUUUUGGAAGACACCAUUCCACGACAACGAACAGCUGGCUCCAAGUUUUUUCUGCAUUUUCGCAAGUAUCAUUCGGCGUGAUUCUCUGAUGCCGACGAAGGAAGGACGGCGGCUAGGGAAGUCCUUGAGAUUGGCGUUGAUUCUGUAUUUCAUUUGUGACGUCACCCGUGAUUCAUUCUUUUUUCUUUCUGUUUCUUUCGGACCCCAACAACCAAUCACAUUUCGGAGCCGUUUUGUUCGUGUCAAACACGUAAAUUACUCAAGUUCUUUGCGGAACAACAACGCCCGAGUUCUUUCUCUGGGCUGGCUGGAAACUGUCGUGAUCGACACCUCACCUGUGAUCCACACUUUUGAACAUGCCAGGCGGUGUGUAUUGAAGCUGCAUUUUUUUGUUGAAACCCUGACAGCUAAGAAUGUUUGGGCGAGGAACGAAAACCCCAAAACCGAUUCAUUCAUUUUCUGCCGGUACUUAGGCAUUCGUUCGGGUUGCGAGAACCCUUUUCGUCACAAAUCAACAGUCACCAACAAGAAACCAGCAUCAAUUCGCAACAUUGGAGUACCAAAGCCAACACAAUAUAACACCAAACACAGAUAGACAAACUAGAAGACAGCCAAGAGUGCCGAAGAACACAUCAAAAUACAGAUCAAUGAUGAGACAGACGAUAAAAACGAAGAGCGCACGCGCUGACAACCAGCAUGACAAGCAACAAUCACCGAGGAGGCGAACUCUUCGGAGGUGCCGCAUAUCGGACUUGCCCCUGGCGUUUCUGCUGGUUGGUUUCGUUACCAUCGGAUGCUGUACCGCCUUUCAUGUCGCGAACCCGUAUUGUAACAAAGCACUGAGCAAGCUUCACGUAAUGUCGUCGUCAUCGCCCCCGUCGCCAUCACCGUCCUCGUCCUCGUCGGAACCUUCGAUGAGCGGCUACGAUCGACAAGAAUUCGAAAUGCAAGUGGGAAGAGCGAUGGACACCCUCAGAGACGAUUAUCCCGAAAUUCUAGUGAAAGAUCCAGGUAAGUCAAUCGAAUACGUUGCAGUCAAUCGUUCUCCGCGUGAUGGGUAAUCAACCGAUGAUCACACUCUCAUGCUUUCCUUUCUUGAUGAUUUGACUACCGAUAGAUUACUCCAUCUACAGUUCGGACAUGGAAUUGAUCGAUCCCAGUGGGUUUCAUGUUCACGGCGUUAAGAACUAUGGGAAUUCCAUUCGACUCGUUCACACACUGAUCGGCCUGUUCUACUGUCCCGACCAGUCCGACGUGAAGUUUCGCAUGUGUUUUGAUAAGGCACGACAAAACAUC